UCAGCCCACCAUCUGGGCGCUUGAAUCCUAACCCCAGAAUCCCAUUCCUCCGUCGGCAGAGGUUGCUAGGUCGGCGGCGCUGCCACCGGCCACCGCUCGCUAUCUCCGUCGCCGGCGCGGCAGAUCCUGCUGGCAGAUCGCCGUUCCCACUUCAUCUCGUCCGCGGCACGGCACCGCCGGCGUAUCUUGACUAGCUGCCGCGUCGGAAGGUCGCCGCCGCCGUGCCGUACCGAUCUGCCACGGCGGAAAGUCACCGCCGACGCUUCCUCCUCGUAUCAGGUGUCGUUCUUCUGCUCGAGAUGCGGACGGUGGCUAGCCUGACCGACGACCUCCUCGUCGAAAUCCUCUCCCGUCUCCCCGUCAAGUCGCUCCGCCGCUGCAUGUGCGUCUCCAGGACCUGGCGGGGCAUCAUCUCGCACCCGCACAACCAAAGGCAGCUGCCGCAGACCCUCGAGGGUUUCUUCUACAUGCCCCGCAGCGAGCCGGCGCCAGCUCCCAGUUUCACCAACGUCACCGGGACAGGCCGCCCUCUGGUCUCUCCUCUCUUUGAUUUCCUGCCGCAGCACCAGAGCAUCUUCCUGCUGUCCUGCUGCAACGGCCUCCUCCUCUGCCGCUGCUGGGAAGGCCAGGACGACUUCCAUUACGUCGUGUGCAAUCCAGCCACGGAGGAGUGGGUCCGGUUGCCUGACUCGAUCAAUGCCGGCACCGAGUGCAUGGCACGUCUGGGUUUUGACCCAGCCGUGUCGGAUCACUUCCAUGUGUUUGAGUUCUCCGAGGAUCACGACAUCAGCCAGCCCGGAAUGGAGGUGUAUUCCUCUGAAACAGGGGAAUGGGUUCACAAGGAGAACGGAUGGAUUGAUACAGAAGAUGAUGAAGCAUUUGUUUCCCUUGUUGGUCAUCACUCGGGAGAUGUGUUUCUUAAUGGCUGUCUGCAUUUUCUCACCAUGGAUGAUGAUAUAGCCGUGGUGGACACCGAGGGGAAAACAUGGAGGAAGAUACCUAUCCCUGAACUUUGCACUGUUGAUCUCAUUCAGAAAUCUCAGGGUUCUUUGCAUUUUGUCAGUUUUCUGGAAACUGAUGAACGUAUGGUUGAACUGGUGGUUUAUGUUCUUGAGAACUACCUCAGUCAAGAAUGGAUAUUGAAGCAUAGCACCGACGCUUCAUAUAUAUUUGGAGAGAGAGAGAUUGAUCUUAUACAGGGUUUUCAGUGGGUUGCAAUGCAUCCAGACUGUAACAUCAUCUUCUUAACUGUGGGGUGGGAUAAUACAUUGGUCUCUUAUGAUAUGGAUCAUCACAAAAUUCAAGAGAUCUGUGAUCUUGGAGGAGACGACAAUCCGCGAUAUCUGCCAUAUGUGCCAUUGUACUCUGAGUUACAAACUCUGCACGCAUGACAUAAAAAUUGAGGAGGCGGGAGGUGAGGAGCAAUGGUGGUGGCCUUGAUGUGGCUAUCGGAGAGCAUGGAGAUGUCAUGUGCCCAAGGUGACCAGGGAGGGGCAUAUGAAGGAAUCAUAUAACAAGGCUUCCGUGAAUAGCCACGUCGGUGAAGAUCGCCUGUCAUGACCUGGCUAGUUUAAGCUGAACUUUGUGCUAGAAAUUCAGAGUUUUUUCAGAGCAAUUCUACUUGAAAGAGAAAUGAAAUGGUGAAAAGUAAACUGAAAAAGAAAGUGUCGUUGUCGGAUGUUGAACAACGACGCAUGUCAGUCUGGGAGACGUCUGAUCCAUGAGCGUUUAACGGCAACAAUGGCAGGUUAGACACAUGGUUCACCGACCUCUCGACUAAACAAAAGAGCAGCGUGUUUGGAACCGAGGCAAUUUGGGACUAAAUUAAAGUAGCUUCUGAGCUUAAGAACAGAGUACACUGCACAGCUUUUUUUCAGGUUCAGGCAUCAAAGAAAUGCAAGAGGGGUUUCUGAACAGUGGUUGCAGCAACAAAAAUAAAUUCUUGGCAAGGAAGGCGAUCGAAGAUCGUAGCAUGGAUGGCAUGUAGCCAUUUCCAGGAGCAGCAUUGAACCAAAUAAUUUCUUAGAAGAUUGUUUGGGCAUGAUAUCCUAACCUCUACUUGCAGACUUCAAUGAACAGAGCAGCAUGUUUGGUUGGUAAGUUUUCAAUUGUCAGCCUGCUUGGUCGUCCAAUAAUACAGUCUGUGUGAUCAAUGCCGAAGAUUGUUGUCGCAUAUUGGUGCCUGAUGAGAUCUUCGGGAUCUCUCUUUUGCCUGAAAAAUCAAGACCCAGAGACAGAUCAUUUGCAGCAACAAUGCUUGCAGGUAGGCAACUUCCCUGAAGCUUCUCAGUUUUGUGGUCCAGUGCUCCUGGGUAUAGGAAACACUUAUGUGGCAUGAGGAUUUUAUUAUAGCUGGAUAUAUCUUAGGCAAACUGACUUACCAAGGUCUGCCAGAAAGCAUUAGUUCCAGGAGCAAGGAUCAUUAUUUUGUGUGCAAUCGCUAUGUAUCAUUAACAAGAAUGCAAGUGCAGUUUGCAAAACUGAUUGGUUAAAUUUCUAGGUACGAGGAUAGUUUCCAAAAUAUUGCACGAAAAAUAAUGCAAGUACAAAAUUUCCCCCCAAAACACUCGUGAUAAUGC